AUGUUGUCCUUGAGUAGCAAAAAAGGACUUCAUAGGCUGAUUUAUUCAUCAUACUCGCGACUUUCAUCUUCGGAGCCAAGUCAACCUUCAAAAGUUGAUAGUUCUGAUGAGUCCAUCCCGUACAAACCGUACAGUCCUUUUCCAAAACCACAAGGGAAAAUAGACUAUGUUAUCACCCGGCUUGAUGAUUUAGCAGACUGGGCUAGAAAAAACUCAAUAUAUCCGCUUACUUUCGGUCUUGCAUGCUGCGCUGUUGAAAUGAUGCAUAUCGCUGGGCCUCGUUAUGACAUGGAUCGUUAUGGGGUAGUUUUUCGGGCUAGUCCACGUCAAGCUGACCUUUUAAUCGUUUCUGGAACUGUUACAAACAAGAUGGCCCCGGCUCUUCACAGAAUUUACGCCCAAAUGACUCAACCGAAGUGGGUUAUUUCAAUGGGCUCUUGUGCAAAUGGUGGUGGUUACUAUCAUUAUUCAUAUAGUGUUGUACGUGGCUGUGAUCGAAUUAUUCCGGUUGAUAUAUAUGUCCCAGGUUGUCCUCCAUCUGCAGAAGCGCUGAUGUAUUCUAUAUUACAACUGCAAAAGAAAAUUAAAUCUGAAAAACACAUUCAAUCAUGGUAUAGGAAAUAA